AUGAAGCGCGAUCUAACAGAGCUUAUGCGGACUGCUGUGGUCACAGCGGACCGCUGCGUCGAUGGCGUUGGCUUCCGCCAACUCACCACCCUCAAAGUUGUGCCCGCCGCCGAGUGUUCUUUGGAUUGUGCAGUCUCUUGGCCCUCAGCGCACAACAAGAGCGGUCUGCAGAGUUCUCGCAUCAGUCCCCAGUGCUCGUCAACCAACAGCUUGCCCUGUUCCACUACCGCUGACCCCUCCGCCUUCUGCAACAUUUCACGACCCAUCUGUUCUCGGCGACAGUCGGCUCUCCAGUCACAGUUGAUGACUACGCCCCUUUUUGACGGAAGCAAGUCGCAGAUUAGCCAGCCUGCCCACGCAGUCGGUCUUUUGAGGGUUGAGGGGCUCCUGGACGAUGAUGUUGGGGAGUUGAGUGCCCUCGCUUCCUACCUCUCACCCAGUCGUGGCGACGUUUCUCUUUGCCGACUUAAAUACCUCCCGUCCUCUCACCUUGAGCGGGUUUCGUUCGAAAACCUGCCUUCGCUGGUGCAGAAGUCUCGGUUGAUAUCCGUUAGAUCCCGUGAAGCUGGCAGCGGCGAACGGAACAUUGAUCCACCCCCACCGCACGUCUCAUCACCUGUGGAAUUUGAACUGACCAGUGACAAGCUGAUUCAUUACUCUGUGAGCACACCUCGUAGAACGACGUUACUGUUCGUUGGAUGAGUUUGUUCACCGCCUACGAGUUAUCUCCCUUGUGUUUGUCGCCGUUGCGUAUUACUUUCUUCCUUGUUAUGUUUGUCCACUUCUUAGGCGCUUCCCGGUUUUACAUUUUUGCUAUCCUAGGUAUCAUGUAUCCUCUGGCCAAAUGCCCUAAUUAUCUCAUAGUUCGACCUGGAGAAAAAUAAAUUGAACCAUUAUACAAAAGCCAAAUAUUACUGCUUAGUUGAGCUUGAUGUUUCCUCCACUUUUGUGGUCGUCGUCUUUUAAACUUUUUGAAUUACUUGUGUUUUAUACAUCCUUUUUGCAGAGUUCGUAACGUCGAUUGUCACGGUCGACUAGUCCCUCUGUAUGCCAAAGUUUUGUCUCUAAGCUUCCUUGAACGCGAUUGCUGAGUUUAUGGGUGACCAUGAAGUGGAAGAAAGCACUUUGUAAAGCUGUACUCCCGCCUGUCUGUAUGCUUUAUUGGACAAGUGACCCCCAACAGGAUUGGCCAGAUCUCUUUUGUGCGACGACCCGUAAGCGCCUAGAAAAAUGUCGCUUGAGGGUCUCCCACCACCGAUUUUUUUUCGCUGCAGAAUAGCAAGGGAGAAUUUAAGUAGCCCUUUGCAAUUCCGUUCCCGCACCGGCGUUUUUAGCAGUCACCAAUUCUGUGGCUGGUUUACAGCUUCCAGCCAGACCAGUUUGCAUUUGGUAUGCGGGAGCGAGCACACCGUGUCUGUUCAUCAAUUUUUUCAGUUUUCACCCCUCCCCCAUCAUCUCGCACUCGCUGCUGUUAGUGAACUGUUUGACUAGCACCAGUAGCCACGAUCAAUUCAACUUUAUCAGAUGCGAUUCAUAAAAUCUCUAUUUUCACAAGGAUCCUUGACGAAACUUUUUUUUAGAAAUGCCUUGCUCGAAAGUACAUGACGCCUGGGCUUCAAAAGUACAUUUCGCGUAGAAAACCUGCCAACGUACCGAAUCAUUUGGUUCUCAUUGCCUCUCCGUAGUAUAAUCAUGUUAACUAUGUCUCCAACCAACACCGUCAAUCAUAGGCUGCCGUGCUGUGCGGAUUAUUUAUAAAUAAUGUCUAACCAAGUGAUGCGAAGCGCCGCCAAGACAUAGUUUAUCAGGGCCUCAUUAGAUAGUUUUUCUUUAUAUAUCGGAUACUGACUCAUCUGGAAGGAGUAAAUAUCUUAUCUACCCCAGCUUUUAGUUGUGCUCUCAAGGCCAAAUCCAAAUAUACUGUGAUUUGAUAACAACUUUUUCGGAAAUUUCUGCAUUUCCUUCGCGGAUGAUGUUCUCAGAUACUGAGAUCUCUUUUUCUUCUAAUUCAAAAAAGACCGGUGCCCUGGUCAAAUUAGAGGCAGAAUCUUUCAGCUGGGAGAGUGGCAUGUACCGAUCUAUUCUAAUUGUAGAAUAGAAAUGCGCAUUUCCGGUUUCUCUUGGAGCUGAGUACCGCCCGCGAAGGUGGUCAAACUGUCGCUAGCAAUCAUUAAUCUGGAGGUUUUUGUCGCACAAACAUAGGCGCUGAAAUGACGAUCUCUAGCUUAUGUCUACAGUUAGGCACAUGCUAUCCCGUGGCUGCAGUCUCGUCGGGCAGUCACGACGUAUAUGCGCACGUUAUUUCCAUGUUGUUAAACAUUUCCGAUUUUAGCCGUUAUUUCGUGUGCCCGUCGUACAGCGGCGAGGCUGUUGCGUAAUCACUAGCUGACUCAGACGUACAGCCUGAGAUUGAGGUGAUUUACUGGCCAAUGACCGAAAACAUAGCCGAUCUAGUGUUCCUACCUUUGUCUGUAAGAAGGCCGUUAGUCUGUGCCUGAAUAUGUUUGCAUCAGUUUCCGUAUUAUUGCCUGGUUUUAAUAUGAAGCGGACUGAUAUGUGCGUAUUAGUGGGGACAUUUGGCUCAUCCGCUUCUUAGGCCCCCUUCUGGCCGGCAAAUUUCGCCUAUCUGCGCACUGCAGUUUCCUGCUCAUAUUGGUCUGACAAGUGCUUCCUACUUCGCUGUCUUUAAUUCGUCCUUUCCUACUUUUGCAAUUGUUUCACUUUCGUACUCUCGUUUCCUCUUUUUCUGAUUAUUCUAGUGUUACCUUUCUGUUCGAGUCAGUUCUUACAGCCUUUUCUUGCGCCGUCUCCUUUUCAUCUUUUGUUUACCCCCUCCCCCCAUUCCCCUCGUUACGUGUUCAGCGGUAUUCUGCCGCACUUUCUUGCAUGUUAUGCUUUGCCGCGCCCAUCUCGCUGCUGGUGGUGACGCUGAUUUCCCCUGCCUUCCCAAACCUGUCACUACUUAGACCUUUUCUGUGGUUUCUUCCUAGUCUGCUGUCGACGUGGAGGCCCUUUCGAUACACAUUUCGCACCCGCCGAACACCAGCACAGCCCCCGUAGGCAUUUUGAAGUCGGGGCAGGGUUCGCCUGAGACUGCCCACACAAGCCCCCUGCACUCAACACACCGUGCGUCUGCUGAACUCCUGCCUUUCAGGGUGAAGCGACAGCUCUUUGAACAGUCCGCCUUUGCCUCCUCCUCGCCCUAA